UCCUCCUUCCUCCAAUCAUUCGUUCAUCCAUGUUCUGGAGAACUCCGAAUGAAAGAAACCCUAGCCGUGUAGCCCUCCGCCUAGCCCUCCAUCGUCGCCGCCUAACCCAGGUCCUCAGCGCCGCCGCCGUCCCAGCUCCUCAGCACCGCCGCUUUUUCCUCUUCCCCGUGUCCAGAACCCAGAAACUCGGCAGGUCCUCUUCGGCUCUUCAUCUUCGCUGGCUUCUCGGCACGGACCCAGGUUAGUGGCUUCUCUUCUUCAUCUUCACUGAAUGUUUGGUCUUCUUCUUCAAUUUUUGUUCCAUUUUUUAUUUUUCUUCUUCCAACCACCGUCUUCUAUGUCGUGUUCGUCGCCUGGCCUCUGUCUCCGUCGCGCUUCUGCCCCUCUGCUCAGACUGCUCAGAAGAAAAACACUUCUCCGUUCCGAUUUCCUUCCUUCGAGUUUAGAGAGCAGCUCAACCAAGAAAAAAACCCGAGACUUCGAAGAUUAGAAGAACUUAUUCCAGUCACAGAGAUCGGUAGGAUGUUCUUCCAAAACUGGAUGUGCUGCUGCUAGCUAACUUGCCAAGACUCAGAUUUGUAACCAUAGACAUGACAUUGAGAUGGUCCUCUCUACAGGUGCCCUUUGUUGAAAUCUUUACCAUUUUGCAAGGAUAAGGAAACAAACUUAAGAUCCAUGUGGAAUGAGUUCAGCAGCUAGCAAGCUGAAAGUGAUCUUUGCCAACUCAACGGUGGUGACUUCCGAGUGAUGGUUGCCAAUUGAAUUAACGCAUUUCAUUCCGUCUUUUCUCGUCUCUCCCUCUGGGUUUUGACAUUUAAAUCUGCAAGCUUGAAAACACAAGAGAGAGUGUGAAUAAACUAUGAUUGUCUUACCUUACUGAUUGUAUAAGCCCAAAAGUGGCAUCAUGUCUGGGGAGCAAGAUUUAAGCACAUAAUAGAAGUUGGAGAAGUGUUUUCAUAUGAUAGAUUAGAGACUUGAGGCAACAUUUGAAGAAAAUUGGGUAGCUUCUUGUGAUGGAUCAUCACUUGGCUAGUGAUUCUCCGCAGGUUCGUCCUAGAUGGAGGAAAGUAGCAUAUGGCGGUAUGCAACCUGGUUUUGAUGACAAUCAUACCGAUGAAUCUUUCCUUGAAGGAAUGGUCAUGAAUGCCAAUGUUGUAAGGAGGGACAUGCUAAAGGUGAUGUUAGACUCUGUUUCCAUUUCUGAAUACUUAUGCAUUGUAGCUCUUGUUGUCUUAGUAUGGACCUACACACUAGAAUCAACCAUUGAUGAGAAUCGUCUUCUGUGCAUAGAUGUUAGUCUUCUAGUUUCGGGUUUCUUGAUUCUCCUUUUCACUCAGGAAAAGAUUUCCCUUAGCAUCCUUGUUCAUCAUUAUUUCCUCAAUAUCUCGUUUUUCAUAAUGGGAUUAUAUGUUUUGGCACCCAUCUACCAAACCCUUACAAGAUCCAUCAGUUCUGAUUCCAUUUGGGCGUUAACCGUAUCGCUUCUCGUGAUUCACCUUUUCCUGCAUGACUAUUCGGAAUCAACUGUCAAUGCACCUGGGGCUCUCAAAAAUCCUGCAUUGACCAGUUGCAUCUCUGUAAAUGCUUCUGUAGUCGCCUCUGUAUUCAUUGCUUCUCGCCUUCCGUCGAGACUACAUGUUUUUGCCAUCAUGCUAUUCUCCUUGCAAGUUUUCCUAUUUGGUCCCCUGGUUACUUACUGCAUUAAGAAAUAUUCGUUCCGUUUACACCUGUGUUUUUCUAUCAGUUUGAUGUUUGUGACAUUAAGUUUCGUGUACAUGCUGCAUUGCUUACUUUUCGUGUUGCUGCUUAGUUUGCUGGUUUUUGUCAAUGUGGUCUGCCCUUAUUGGCUUAUACGGAUUCAGGAGUACAAGUUUGAGAUCAAUGGACCUUGGGAUGAGGCUAAGCUUUGUUUUGCUAUUACAGACUGAGAUAAAAACAAAGCAAUUUUGAGUAGCUUUCUGGGGUUCAUGUGAAUGUAAUCUUCUUAUUUGCUGAUUAUGGUCCUAGAUGCAAAUUUUGUAAUGCAUGGGGCCAUGGAGUUACCCUAAGUUUUUUGUGUCCUUCAUAAUUACAGAAUGAAACUAUAGUGAAAGUUUUAUGUGAACAAGUUUUUGAAAAUUAGUUUCACCUAAUUUGAGUUAUGGUGCCUUACCCUAGCUUUAAACGGAUUGUUAUUGAUAAUGCAAGUUUAAAUUAAUAUAAUUUGGUCCCUUUCCAAAGAUUCACUUGAUCUGGUUUAACACUCAUAAGGUACUUAUUCCUUCUCAUUCAUGGAGUUUCUAAUGGUAUAUGGUCACCAACCGGACAUGGUUGACCUUAUUACAAAGCCAUGGAUUAGAAAUUGACAAUGUUCUUCUCUCUAAAGCUUUCAACAGUUUCUUUGAGGCUUACUUCCAAGGGUUGGAAUUCAAUUCCCAAACUCUUUGCCUUCUCUUUAGAAAUCUGAUAUGUUGGCACAUACGGCCCAUCAUCCUCGCACCUAUUGAUUAAAAAAAAAAAAAAAUCAAAGUGAAAUAAAUUAGAAAAAAGAUAAAGUAUUAUUUUGGUUCU